GCCGGAAAAGGAAGACUCCGAGAUGGCGGCGCCCGCAGGUCUCCGGCCUAGACCAACGCUCAUGUCCGCUCACGGAGCAGUGUGGGGGCGCGUGCGGAGUCGCCUCCGCGCCUUCCCCGAGCGCCUGGCGGCCUGCGGGGCGGAGGCCGCGGCGUACGGCAGGUGCGUGCAGGCCUCCACGGCCCCGGGCGGCCACCUGCGGAAGGACCUCUGCGCGCCGGAGUUCGAGGCCCUGAGGAGCUGCUUCGCCGCCGCGGCCAAGAAGCCCCUGACGGGAGGCUCCUAGGAAGGAAUGAACUCUGGUCCUCACAUCUACCAAUGCCAUGGGCACAGACACGUGUCUUGAUGGCAUGCAUGGGACUUUCAGGGCAGAAAGGAGGUGUGUGCAGCCAAGUUCCUGGGUGCUCUGAGUGUUUCUUCUUGGGUUAAACCUUGGGCAAGUUGGAAAUGUGCUCCAAUUUCGUAAAGAUCUGGAUUAGAUUAAGAUGUGACAACCCAUGAUGAAGGGUAUUACAUCCCGCUGUCCCAGGCUUCCUGAAAAUAAGCACAUUGUAAUGAUCCAGCCUCUCCCCUCAUCCCCCCCAUGGAAAUCUGCCACAGGAUCCCCAUCUAAGACAGUUCUCAAAAGUAUUUAGCCCAAGUAAUGUGCCACAGCCCUGGACCUCACCACACACACCAAAGGUGGAAGCCCGGGUGCAGGGAAUCCCUGCAGAGUCCUGGGCUCAGGCAGAGGUGAAAGCAAGUGCCCAGACCUCCAUGGGGCUCCACUUAGGACACCAACUUUAUGUAGCCCCUCCCUUGAGGAGACAGCCACCCCUGUAGCCUCUAAUUACACCAAAGCUUGGCAUCAUCACUGAAGGCUCCUGGUCUUGUUUCCUAUCUCUGUCACAGGGUUAGCUAAAGCCUUUUUGUAAAAGCAUUUUUAUUAAUUUGAGAGAAUGGUCUCUUUCCACUGCAAACCCAAAUGCAUAAGCCCACCACUUUGUGCACCUGGCUUUAUGUGGGUACUGGAGAAUCGAACCUGGGCCAACUAGCUUUGCAAGCACCUUUAACUGCUGAGCCAUCAUCUCCCAGCAGCCCCCACCCCAUGUGUCUGUAUGAAUAAAGUAGCAUGAACAAUAACAAGG